CACACUCCUUCACUCAGGCACUCUCCCCUAGGCAGUGACGUCCACCACUGCAAACAUUUGCUGCCUGCCAGGCCCCCUCCUCUCAGUCACGAUGACCCGCGCCCUCUGCUUCAGCUUCCUCCUCCUGCUGUCCCUCUGCUGCCCCGCUCGUGCUGAACCUCGGCGGACCACAUCCUCUCAGCGCAGGUCGGCUCGCGCGCCAGCAGCCAAGGUGCGUUUGGCUGGCAACUAUGCGCGAGAGCCGCACGAAGGGCGCGUGGAGGUGCUGCACAACAACACCUGGGGGACCGUCUGCGAUGAUGAAGUGAACAUCAAACUGGCCAACGUGGUGUGUCGAGAGCUGGGUUUCCAGGGCGGCAUAACUUGGGCACACAGCGCAAAGUAUGGAGAAGGAGAGGGCCCAAUAUGGAUGGAUAAUGUACGUUGUGACGGCACAGAGAAGUCCCUGAAGGACUGCAAACACAACGGUUGGGGAGUGAAUGACUGUAAACACUCUGAGGACUUGGGGGUGGUGUGCACCACUGAGCGCAGGCUGGAUCAGACAGCCAGCAGAGGUGCCACCACCCCUGCCAGGCCCAAUGGCAGCCCCGCACCUCAGUGGCAGGGUCUUGUGGACACCCGCAGGCAUCCAGGAUACGGAUAUUAUGGAAACGGACAUCCAUAUGAGAUCCCCAGGUUCCAAAGACACCACCUCAACCAGGGUCAUAGUAAAGUGCGAAUUGAGGAAGUCCGUCUUCGUCCCAUACUCAUGGCUACCAAGAAGAAAAACCUGAUCACAGAAGGUGUGGUGGAAGUGAAACAUGCUGGGAGAUGGAGGCAGGUUUGUGACAUGGGUUGGAGUCUCAACAGCAGCCGGGUUGUGUGCGGGAUGCUUGGCUUUCCAGAGGCGACUCAACACAAUGUUAAAACAUACAAGAAAAUAUGGGAUACCAAGGUUGCAGAUCCUUCAACAAGAUUGAGCGUCAUGGCAAAGAAGAAGGGAUUCUGGGUAGAAAAAGUUCACUGUCUGGGAACUGAGAACACCCUGUCAGAGUGUCUUGCUCAGCUGUCAAUCUCCCGUAACCCCACCCCUUGUAAGAAUGGGAGACAUGCAGUGGUCAAGUGUGUACCAGGACCCCAGUUUGCUCGCAUGUCCUCAGGAAGACCCCAGGCUCCUUAUCCAGUUGUGCCUGUGCGUCUGAAGGCAGGCCCCAGAUUAGGUGAGGGCCGUGUGGAGGUGCUCCGAGAUGGUAAAUGGGGGACCAUUGUGGACCAUAUGUGGGAACGAACUGCAGCCAGUGUGGUGUGCAGAGAACUGGGCUUUGGUACGGCCAAGGAUGCCCUGCAUGGAGCCUUCAUGGGUCAAGGUACAGGACCAAUCCAUAUGAACAGUGUCCAGUGUAUGGGGUCAGAGCGCUCCAUCCUCGACUGCUACUUCCAGGAAGUCCAACCAUGGACAUUCAAACACAGUCAGGAUGCCUCAGUACGCUGUAACGUCCCUAAGACUGGCAUGGAGAACACGGUGCGGCUUGCUGGUGGUAGAGUCCCAUCAGAAGGCCGUGUGGAGGUAUUGAUGGAGGUUGGAGGUCGUAAGCGCUGGGGCUCUGUCUGUAGUGAGAACUGGGGCAUCAACGAGGCCAUGGUGGUCUGCAGACAGCUCGGUCUGGGCUUCGCUGCCAGUGCUCAUCAGGAGACCUGGUACUGGACCGGUGACCCAAAUGCAGCCGAUGUGAUUCUCAGUGGAACCCACUGUGUGGGCACAGAGCUUUCAAUUCAACAAUGUCGUCGCAACAACCAUGUCCAUUGUCCUCGCGGAGGUGGAACUAAGGCUGCUGGGGUCAGCUGUUCGGACACGGCACCUGACCUCGUUCUGGAUGCCCAGUUGGUCCAGGAGACAGCCUACCUAGAAGACCGACCCCUCCACCUGCUAACCUGUGCCAAUGAGGAGAACUGUCUGUCCUCAUCUGCUGCCAGGAUGAACUGGCCUUAUGGCCACCGACGCCUACUGCGCUUCUCCUCCCGCAUCAUGAACCUGGGUCGGUCCGAUUUCAGACCCAAAGCUACAAGAGAGAGCUGGACGUGGCACCAGUGUCACAGGCACUACCACAGCAUCGAGGUGUUCACACAUUACGACCUGCUGACUCUGAAUGGCACGAGGGUUGCAGAGGGACACAAGGCCAGUUUCUGUCUGGAGGACACGUAUUGCCCUGAUGGAGUCCAGAAGCGGUUCUCUUGCUAUAACAUGGGUGACCAGGGCAUUUCUGUGGGCUGCUGGGAUACCUAUCGCCACGAUAUCGACUGUCAGUGGGUUGAUGUGACAGAUGUCCGGCCAGGAGACUACAUCUUUCAGGUGGAAGUCAACCCCUCUAUGGACAUGGCUGAGUCUGACUUUAUGAACAAUGUCAUGAGAUGUCGGUGCAAAUAUGACGGCCACAGAGCGUACAUGUAUGGAUGUCAUGCAGGAGAUGCAUAUAGUGCAGAGAUUGAAGACCUGUUUGAGCACCAGCGGCAAAUCACCAACAACUUUGUGUAGCCCAUCCCAGGACUCAGUACGAAGGCCUUCCAGUGGGGCCCAGAGAAUACUCAGGGUGGGCUGAGGUUGAUGGCCCUAGGCCCUUGGGACCUUAGCACCCACAAUAACAGAGAACACACAAAAUGGUGCCUGUUCAUCUCCUCAGCAGAUGUGGAUAAAAUAUUCAUAAAAGCAUCAUAUCAGAGAAGCGACCAGUGCAGAGACUCCAUUCUCAACUCAAACAGCCGUUGACAACAAGAGUGGAACAGAUUGCUCAACAUGUUUUUUACUCUAGUCACAUAUGAUAUUGGAUAUUGUUUCAGACUAUACUGAUUUUUGUGAAUGUGGACUACUAGUAACUGAAGUUAGUUAUUCAAAACAUAUAGGCAUGAAAGACGUUAAUGUCGCUAUAACUAAUGUGUAACAAAGACAAUGGAGAAAUGUGUCGGGAAAUCUUCCCAUGCUAAAAGAAAUGAAAAUCUGAGAAAAAAUAAUAAUAUUGUGACUUGGUAAUUUCUUUUGCAAAAAGAUCAUUUAGAUCACUUGUAGCAAAAAGUUGGCAUUAUUUUUCAAAUUCUUGACUAACUGGAUCAUUUGUAGCUGUUGCGCUUUUACAUUACUUCAAUAUUGGUGCUCUUUACCAAUACUGUAUCUUGUUAUACUAACCUCACUACAUUUCAGGUGAACAGUGUUGUACAAUGCAUUUUGGGUCUCUUUUUACAGAUAAUUAGGUAUUUUACUAUUGCUUUGGUUUGAACAAAAUCAUUGUUUUAUAAAAGUGUAGUCGUGCUCUAAAAGUUUUGCUUCUCAUCUAGAAUAGGUAAGAAGAGGUCAAAUGAUUUUUAUGGAACAAAGCACUUUAUCUUUUAAACAUCAGUAUUCUAGUUUUGCCCCCACACUUUUAUUUUUAAUUAGCCACCAGAUAGAUUUUUAGGGUGUUUAUCUAAAAAAAAUACUUUAUUGUGUUUUACAUUUCAGAAAGUGAAAUAUAAGGUUUGUGUUUAGUUUUCAUAUUAAGUGUACUAUUUAUAUUGUACCUUUAUUUAUUCAUGGAAUUCACACUUACAUAGCAUGCUCAGUGAAGAGUUUGUUAGCUUGCAUUUAAUUAACAAUACUGAAUAUUUCUUUUUUGUUUUUCAGACAUAAUUAACCAGGGGGAAAAACGUUUUCAUAUAGUAGUUACAGGACAUAGUAUUAGAACAUACCCAUGAUGCGGAUGAUUAAUUACUGACUUAUUUUACUUUAGUUAUUAAAACAAGUGGAACGUUACAGCUUUUCUCUUCCAGCCUCUGUAAUGGGAGGGAAGACCAUGCUGACAAAACCACUGUAUUGUGGUAGGCAGGCAGGCUGGGUUUUGAGAGCAUAUAAAACGCCUUUUAAUUAUGUCUGUUUGGGUUAGACAUAAGGUUACGGUCAAGGUUAGGGCUAUAGCAUGUGCUUUAUAAAGAAACUAUGGAAUUGUUACUUGGAAAUCUGGAUUUCCAACUUAACACAAGCUACAAGAAAGAUUCUGAGAGAUUUAGUGAGGGAGCUGGUGACUGAAAGAAAGAGUGAGAAAGUAAGACAGAAGGAUAGAAAGGGAUGAAGUUUGGAGAAAGACUUAUACAGACAUACAGUUUUUUAUUUUACUACCAGAGCUGCCUUUUUGUAGGCAGCCAUACAGCGACCACAAGCUGGCAUUUUCAGCUCCCCAACGAGAACAACAUGUUUGUCUGGGAGAAAAAAUAAACUCCUCGAUUCACGCUUCAACAGAGUAAACAGUGGCCUUAUUUUUCCUAAAGCUCAGCCUGCUAAACUGUAUCUUUCUCCACUUUUUUCUUUGCUGUUUAAGUAACUUUUUUAGCACCACACCAAACCAUGAUGCAACCAAAUUUUCUUUAAAACAUUGGACUUGUGUUAAUCAUGUUUUACCCCAUUAAUGUGUUUAAUGUGUUUGGCUUAUUGUCUCAGCGGUUGAACCUGUUAAAAUGGUGUCUAAUAGACAGUUUCCAGGACACGUGGUGGAAAGGACACGUCACUCAUAAAGGCUCAUGUAGACUUAUUAAUUUCUUUAACAGAUUGUCUUCCUCCGCACUGGCCUUUAUGAUUUUGACUCACCAACAUGAUUUAAAGGUGUAGCUUAUUAAAAUAACCUUUUAUAAUCAUACACACCAGGCCAAACUAUAAAAAACUGUUGAUAUAAAUGUUAGCAGAAAGAGCUGAAAGUCUAAAAUGAGUGUUUGCUGAUAUACUUUUUUUUGUUUUGUGCUUAUGUACAGUUCCUAUUGACAUAUUACCAUGGUCUAUUCUGUGUGUUAUUUAAAAUUAUAUGACAUUACAUAGCUUACUUUGGUUCAUAGUCACCACUCUCAUCAUAUUACUGUAUUUGUACCCUUGCUAUAACAUAGCACUGGGAUGUUGUUUUCCAUGGCCAGUUACACUUUUAUUUUGUCUUAAACACACUGAGAGUGUGCACUACGUGGUGCUUAUCAACAAUUAUAUUCACUGUGCUCUCAGGGACUUUCACCUCAUCUCAAGAGUAAAAAUAAUUUUUAAUGUGAUGUGAUUUAGGUUCUUUUAGCUGUGAUGCGUACAUGAUGACACCAAAUGAUCUUAUAGAAAGUAACCUGUACCCAUGUUUAUUUUGUUCGUAAAAUAUUUAAAGGUAUGAAGGUGAUAAGCUUUGUUGGCUUUUUUGUUGAAGAAAGUUAUGAUUAACUGUGGAAAGACACUGGCUGAGUCAGAGGCAAAUUUCAGUUAAAGAACAAAUCACAAUGCAUUCAUUCAUCAUUACUGUGAAUC